AUGCACUCCAGAGCACUCACUUCGCUGUCUCUACUGGCGGUGGCAGCUCUCGUGGGGAGCAGGGACUCGACCACAGCGGAUGCUGCAGCAGCGACGACUGUGGCGUCAACAACCCCGACAUCGACGGCGGCGCCGGCACGCGGCCUGACGAUAAGCAGGUGGCGUCUCAGCCCAGGGAACGCGGCGAACCGAUCGCCGACGGACGGGAAGGUGGAGCCUCGGUUGAAGCAGACGGCCCCACUGCCAGAGGCGAGUCUCGGAGUGUCCGGAAUUACGGACACACUGACGGGCACCAAGCUGGCCUUGGCCCAGAAGCUGCUGGAACACCCCCUCAUCGCCAAGAUCAUUCGGCCCAUCGUCGACUACGUCAGCGGCACCAACAGUGGCGUCGACGGAACAGGAGGCGAGCUGCUCAACCCCAGCUACUUUGGCAGCAGCUUCAGCUUCCCCUUCGCGUUCCGCACCAACUUCUUCAAGUCUGAAAACGGCACUGCUGAGGCGGCUGACACCAGGGACGCGCAACCAGACACCGACGAGAGCAAGGAAGGCACCUUUGGUGACUCGGUGCAGGUGAGGGACGCGAAGGGAGUGCGCCCUGGCGGUGACGUGCAGCACUACCGGCUGGCAGUGGCGAAGCGCGGGCGACCAGGCGCCCCCAUGCCGGCGCAGUAACCCAACAAACACAGUCCAGCCAGUCCUAGCCUAGCCUCAUACAGCAUCGAGUGGUGACCACCCCUACAGUCUACCUGUAACAAGAGUUCGUGGACUGCAAAUCGAAUAACUGGUCUCUCGGUAGCAGCAAGAGGCACUUUGGUAAAAGACUGAGCCUUUCCUAGCACCUCGUUCAAGUACGGCAAGACCAGCAAGAUUUGAUUCGCAACUGACGCAGUUGAAUAACGUGUCAUUAACUGGUGACGUUACUUAAAAUAGCAACUGGUUCAAACGAGACAGAAAAUCUCAACAUCACGUUCUGCUGUGUAGUAUUGAAUCACAAAAGCAGUGAGGCUAGGAAGAGCCAUUCAUCUUACAAGAAAUCGGGAUUGAGCAUUAAGCAACUGGAAGUGUAGUAGGUGGAGUUAUUAAGAGCGAAAAUGAAAUUCAUAACAGAUGUUUUCAAGAGCGCUUAUAUUAUUAAUAUUAAUUCAUAACAGAUGUUUUCAAGAGCGCUUAUAUUAUAAAUAUUA